GCCUCACUUACGAUCAUCCUCACUUACGACACUAGACAAUGCUGCAGCCGACCUGUAGUCUUGUUUUGGAUUUCGAUGGGACAAUUACUGUGCAUGAUACUAUUGCCAACCUGGCUGAAGUUGGUGUGGCUGCUCAGCAAUGCCGUGCCGCUCAGGCAUCACCUACAUGGCCAGAAAUCGUGGAUGCAUACCAGAGGGAGUAUGCUCAACACGUGUCGUGUUACCUGCCAGCGGCAAAUGAUAGGCAGUGCCUGGACGAUGAGCUGCAGUUUCUCCGAAGUCUACGAAGCGUGGAGCUGCGGUCUAUCCGCCUCGUUGAGUCUUCCGGGUUGUAUCAGGGCGUCACGGAGGAGAUGCUCUUCGCUGCUGGGCAAGACGCUCUCAGAUGUCAUCGAGUCACGAUUAGGGACGGAUUUGACGAGCUCAUCCGACUAGCCGAGGAGAAAGCAUGGCGUACUUCCGUGCUAUCCGUUAAUUGGUCGCGGUCUUUUAUACGCGGGGUUCUCUCUGGGUAUUCAAUCGAUACUAUCGUGGCCAACGAGAUCAACGCAGAUGGCACGAUCACUGGCCCGGCUAUUUUCAGCGCAGACAAAAGGCAUGGUACGUUGGCCAGCUGCAUGGACAAGGCUUGCGCAUUGUCAGAACUUGUCGCCUAUAACGGAAUUGAUAUAAAACGACUAGUCUAUUUCGGAGACUCGGUGACAGACAUCGAGUGCCUUUUGCUUGGGAAGGGUGUUAUACUUUCAACGCACAAUAAUUCGAACCUAAUCCAGACAUUACAGCGAGUUGGAUUGAAUAUUCCCGAGGUCCGGGACCUCGUGCCCGAGGGUACACUAGCCUGGGCGUGUUCUUUCUUAGAUAUUCUAGAAUCCGGGUUCCUUAACCAGUUUUAUUAAAUUAGACAAAUAUAAAGUAAGAUAAAACCAC